CAUCUUCAUCAGAAAAUAAUCUUCGAGAACAAAUCGAAGAACCAUUAUAUAGAGCCACUUCAUCGACUACAUCAUCAACAAAAAAAACAAUAUAUCCAAAUGUACCUAAACGAACAUCACGAAUGGCAUUGAUUAAUGAACCUGAAACAAUGCAAACAGAAUCUCAAAUAUUUGUUAUACCAUCGAUAAUAAAAUCACAAAAAUCUAAUGGAUUUACGCCAAUGCCAUCUUCAGUCCAUCAAACUCUACAUAAUUUAAAUUUAAUCACGAAAUAUACUUCACCACAAAAAGCAUCACAUGAAUCUAACGAUGAUUCUUUAUCAUCUACAUCAAGUCAGAUUAGUUUUCGAAAUGAUAAUAGCCUUUAUGAGCAAUUAAAACAUAAACGAAGUUUAUCUCUUGUGAAUAAAAAAGAUCUACAUGCAAAUGAAUCAAAACGGAUAAAACCAUAUGAUGAUGAUGAUGAUGAAGACGAUCUAUCUGAACUUCUUGAUUUUCGAUAUCAUAAACAAAUUCUAUCACAAUCAACAACUGAUAAUGAACAAAGUAAACCUAAACCACGAAAACCAACAGCUAGAAAAUUAAGUUCUUCUCAACAAAGACCAACGACAUUAUCAACACAAUCUACAAGAAAUAGUUCAUGUAAAUCACCUGAAACACUUAUUAUCGAACCUGAUAUUGAUGAAGAUGACAUUACAAUGGAUCGCCAAGAAUCAAUUUCUAUGCAUACAAAUUCUCAAAUUUCAAAUAAACAACAUAAUAGUCAUAGUAAACUUGAACAUAUUUUAAGUCAAGGAAAAUCGAAUGUUGCUAAAUCAUCAAAGUCAGUUAUUAACAAAACACCUAUUUCAACUCGUUCACCAUUGUAUAAUCCUACGAAACAAGUUCAAGGGAGUUCAUCAGAUAAUAUUUCACCUAAUUCCAAUGGUGAACGAACACGCAUUUCUUCUGAAUCAUCACAAUCUUUUUAUGAUACACCAUGUUCAUCAUUAUCACGUACAACAACAACUACACGUGAUUUAAAUUCAACUCCACAAAUUAUUAUAAAAAUUGAUAAUGAAACUCAAACAUCAGCAUUAUCAGAUACUGAUAUGCUUAAUCAAUUAAUUAAGCAAAUGAAUAUAAAUGUAAAUAAUAAUAUCAGUACAACUAUUUAUAAUCCUAUUGAUCUUGCAAAAAAAUUAUUUCAACAAUUUAAUUCAUUUUCAUCACGUAAUAAAUAUCAUACAAUGAAUUCAUUAAUUAAACGACAAUUAUUAAAUUUUGGUCGAUAUGAAAUUGAAGUACUUUUUCCAAUUAAUCAUGACAUAAUUCCAACAAUCUAUGCAUGUGACAUAUGUUUAAAACAUUUUCAUGGUAGUUCAAUAGCAUUUCAACGUCAUAAGUCUAAAUGUUUAUAUACUCAACCACCAGGUAAACUUGUGUUUAGUUCAGAUGAUCUAGCAAUAUUUCAAAUUGGUGAAGUAAAAAUGAAUAUUCAACAACGUAUUUAUAUCAAAUCAUUAUGUCGAAUUACUCGUUUAUUUAUUGAUUCAAAUAAAAGCGUUGAUGAUAGAAAAAUCGAUCGAUUUAUAUAUUAUAUUUUAUGUCGUAAGGAUCCUAUUUUAUCACAAUUUCAGCCUCCUCUCUAUCGUUUUAUUGGUUAUUUUUCUAAGAAGCUCAAUCAUGAUACUCAACAAUCGAUAAAUAAUUUUUCAUGUUUAUCAAUCUUACCACCUUUUGCUCAAUAUCCUGAAUACAAUCAAUUAUUAAUUGCUUUCAGUUAUUAUCUUAUCCGAUCAAAUACUUCCACAAAUUUAGCGUGCUGUUCACCGGCUCGUCCACUUGAUAAUGCAACACUUUUUAUUUUUCACAUCUAUUGUCUUGAUGUUAUAUUUGAUUAUAUAAACAAUGCAAAUGAAACUUCUAUUACACUUGAUACACUUGCACGACAAACAUCUAUUCAUCCACGAGAUAUUCUUUCAAGUUUAUAUUCAAAAAAUCUUAUUCUUCCAUGUUCAAUUGAUAAAACAUCUAUUUAUCUUAUUAAAAAUGCUUAUCAUUCCAUGACAUCUUUAAAUAUACAUCUUAAAAAUAAAUUAUUAUUUAUGGAUACAAAAUUAAUUGUUACUAAUAAUGAAAAACAAAUCAUACAUGACAAACAUAAUUUUGAUAAAAAUCAGAAUAGUGCCAUACAAGAAAUUAUUCUAGAUUAA